UAUGUCUCUGUACCCCACUUUAGAGGACAUGGAGGGCAGCCAAUGGCUUCCCCCCAGCAGGGUGCCCGGGAAAAAAAGCUCCCUCAGAAAGCCAUUUACUGCUUUUGGUUCUGGGGAGUCAAUUGAUAUAGCCUCCAGCCUGUACCCGACCCUGGAUGAGUGGAUGGGGAUGGACUCUAAAGCCAUGCAGCUCUACCAGCCUCUCAACUCAACUACUGGAGCCAUUGCUCCUGUGACUGGUGGUCAUCAAUCCCAUGCCGAGAUCAAGCAGGGAGUCCGCCAAGUGGUUGGCUGCAAAGAUCCUGGUUCCGGCAAGAUUGGUCUCUCUGUGGAAUCUAUCAGCAAGGGAGUGUUCGUGAGCUAUGUCGAGUCGGGCAGCAUCGCCGCUAAAGCGGGACUCAGAUUCGGCGAUCAGAUUGUUCAAAUCAAUGGCCAACCUGUUGCAGGAUGGAAUAAGAAGAAGACGAUAGAAUUCCUGAAGAAAGCAGACCCAUCUCAGAUCACAUUUGCUGUGAGGGAUAGACCGUUUGAGAGAACUAUCACUUGUGUCAAGGAUAGCGGCGGACACAUCGGCUUCCAGUUUAAAAAAGGCAAAAUCAACGCUAUCGUGAAGGACUCGUCUGCAGCCAGGAAUGGAAUGCUAACUGAUCAUUUCAUUACGGAGAUAGACGGUCAGAACGUCGUCGGAAUGAGUGAUGACAAGAUUCUCAAGGUCAUCAAGAGCAAAGACAGAACUGUCACGGUCACAGUCAUGCCUGAGUUCGUCUACGAUCACAUGGUAAAACAUCUUGGAAGCUCUCUGAAGAAGCACAUGGACCACUCCGAGCCCACUGAAUUGUAGACCCAUCAGAAAAAUUGACAAUUCAAAGUUUGUACCAGUAGAGAACAUUACAAAAUCUUGCGUGGAAAUACGUGUCCGUGUGUCAACAAAUCUAUUUUGAUUGUCAAUAGUAUAAACAUUUUCAAUUGUAUUUCAAACUAUUAUUAAUGUAGCAAGUAGCGCUUGAAUUUUGUAGAGCUGACAAAUUGAUAUUAUGCAUGUGUUUAUUUCUUGAAGUUUUUGCCUAAAAAUAAAAUCAUCGAUGCAAAAUAUAUAAUAAAAGAAGAGUUUUUAAAGAUUCUGCAUAUAUGAAGUAUGAAUGAAUACCCACCAUAUAUAUUAUAUGAGGAGUUUACUUUCUUUGAAAUUUUAUUUUUCGUACAAAAUGAUUCUUUAGAAAUGUAAAUUCUGUACUUAGUCCAAAUAGCAGGUUAAAAUAUUUUUUGCACAGUUUAGUUCCUCGUUAGCAUUACUUUGUGACAUCUAAUUAUUAGAACAGUUGAUUGUUUGUUCCACAAUUAUGAAAUUAAUUUUUCAAAAUUUUCACCUAUUCUUAGA